AUGUUCGAUACAACAUGCAACUCGACCUUGGAGAUGCUCAGGAUUGAGCCUGGCACCGAAUCUCUAAUUCUUGGGCCGUUGACAUUUCAUGACCUCGCCCUCAUCGUGAGUGGUGGCUGUGCCAUAAUCGCCAUUGCUCUCAGCUUCUACCUUGCUUUUAUGCACGCGAUCAACUAUACCAAGCCGAAUGAACAGAGACACAUAAUCCGUAUCCUCUUCAUGGUUCCCGUCUAUUCGGUGUCAUGUUUCCUCCAGGUCUAUUAUUACUACCAUGCCGUCUAUUUCCAGGUCAUCUCCGAUUGUUACGAGGCUUUCGCCAUCGCCUCGUUCUUUGCUCUUAUGUGUAGUUAUGUCGGCACCGAUCUACACGAUCAAAAGGAAUAUUUCCGCAAUAUGUAUCCCAUCAAGAGCUGGGUCUGGCCCGUGAACUGGUUUGCCGCCUGCUGCGGGCGUCAGCGGGGCCCGUGGAGGACCCCCAAGAGUGGCUUGACAUGGUUCAACAUCAACUGGAUCGGCAUCUACCACUACUGUGUCGUUCGCGUAGCCAUGACUGUUAUAGCCGUCGUCACUCAGUACUUUGAGCGCUACUGCGAAAGUUCCAAUAGUCCCGCCUUUGCGCAUAUCUGGGUACUGGCAAUCAACUGCGUUGCCGUCUUUAUCGCCAUGUACUGCGUUAUUCAGUGCUACGUCCAGCUUAAGGUGCCCCUCGACGGUCAAAGACUGUUUUUAAAGGUCGUUGCCAUUAAGCUCGUUGUCUUCUUCGCCUUUUGGCAGGUUACGGCCAUUUCGGUUGCGACGAGCGAGAGAUUCAAGAUCUUCGAACCAAACUCCAUCAUCGCGUACCCGGACAUCAAAGUCUCCAUUCCUGCUACGUUGCUCUGCGUCGAGAUGGUCAUCUUUUCGAUCCUGCAUCUUUGGGCCUACCCUUACUCGCCGUAUGUGCCCGGCUCCAAGAGGACGUACUAUCCCCACCCCGACGAGCGCAAGGCCGAUCUGCUCCCCGCCAGGGAGAAUCCUCACUGCCCUCCCUCUGGUGGAACGCUGGGAUUCUGGGCUUUCGUUGACGCGGCCAAUACCUGGGAUUACGUCAAGGCCUUUGGCCGUGGUAUGCGCUGGCUCUUCUGCGGUGUGAAGAACCGCAAGAACGACCCGAGCUAUAACAACAGGAAUAUGAGCACACUGGGCUUGGACAACCUCGCCGCCAAAAACGAGUUCCCGGCCGCGCGUAGCACGGAACACCUACCCAUCGCCGACCAGUUUCGCCGAAGCAAGUUUGGUCUUCCACGAGUGGAUGGUGAAGGUGAAAAUCAGGCGACGCACGAGGAUGAAAACGCCGGCCUCAUCUCCCAUGCGCAACCCAACCCCACCAGCAGUCGCUAUAGCCGCCACUUGGCGUCUCCCAUGGCGCCGCCGUCACCUUACCGAGACGGCCCAUACACGCCCUCACCAGAUAGGGAACGUGGCCUAGCCGCAUCACCGCUACCGUCACCUUAUAGCCCCGGCGGCAGGUCGCCUGUUGGCGCGUCUCGGGGGCUAGAUAGGCAGCAGAGUGAUGAUUGGGAGCCUAUGCACCCCCGGACUCAAAAGCCAUCUCCCCUAGCUUUGGACGGGCAUAUUAGUUUUUCCUUCUCUUUUUCCCUUUACUCAUAG